AUGGCUACAGGGGAAAAACAUGGUCAGAGAUCGUGCUCUGUUAAAUCAUAUGCAAAGCGGAAUUACUGCACUUUCCCCAAAAAUACUCUCACCGUGUAAAGUUACUAGUGUUCAGAUUCCGUCCUUGUUCCAUGCACAAUUUCCCUUUAGAAAAGAUGUGCAUGGCAAUGACGAGCGCUAGCUGGUAGUGGCAAAAUAUGUUUUGCGUGUGUUGCGCUUGCGUAGUGGACACGGGUCUCGUAGGGUUGGGUGCAGAGAUACUUCCAGAGAAGGAAGCGGAGUUUCCGGCUGUUUGCUGCGGAGAGGAAGGACUGCUGACACCGCGAAUCCCCUACGAAAAAGACGCCGGUUUGGGGGGGAAACACUCGGACACCCGGAGAAAUACGUCUUUCCCACACCGGGGGGGAGGGCUCACAGUCCGGACCAAGUGUUUAGGAGAGUGAGAGGGGACGAGCAACGGCGAAAAAGGCGGGGGAACCCACUAACUACCGGCAUGGCUAGGGACUACGAUUACCUCUUUAAGCUGCUCAUCAUCGGUGACAGCGGGGUGGGGAAGAGCAGUCUUCUACUGCGAUUUGCAGACAACACAUUUUCAGGUAGCUACAUUACCACGAUCGGGGUGGACUUCAAGAUCCGGACAGUGGAGAUCAACGGCGAGAAGGUGAAGCUGCAGAUCUGGGACACAGCGGGACAGGAGCGUUUCCGCACCAUCACAUCGACGUACUACAGGGGAACCCACGGGGUAAUUGUGGUUUAUGACGUAACCAGCGCCGAAUCAUUUGUCAACGUCAAGCGGUGGCUCCACGAGAUCAAUCAGAACUGUGACGACGUCUGUCGAAUAUUAGUGGGGAAUAAGAACGACGACCCCAGCUCCAAAGUGGUGGAGACCAACGACGCGCAGAAGUUCGCCGAGCAGAUGGGGAUCAGCCUCUUUGAGACCAGCGCAAAAGAAAAUCUCAACGUGGAGGAGAUGUUUAACUGUAUCACAGAGCUGGUGCUGAGGGCUAAAAAAGAGGUCCUGGCCAAGCAGCAACAGCAGCAACAGAACGACGUGGUGAAGCUGACCAAGGGCUCCAAACGGAAGAAAAAAUGCUGCUAGCGAAACUGACAAGUGAAGAGAAAAAACGAACACCACCACAUAACAAAACAACAGACAAAACCACACGGGGAAUAAGACUCCAGCAAACUCAUUUAAGAGAAGAUGAAGAUUUAUUAAUGAAAUUACCACAAAUAAAAUGGAAAAAAAUAUAUUAAAUAAAAUGUCCCUUUUGGACAAAAUGAAUCAUAAAGACUUAAAAAAUAAUGUACAGAUUUUAUCAGAGGGAGUUUUAUUUGGAAUUGAGCGGUUAUGUGACAAUAUUUAAUAUAGUCCUUCUAGGUUGAGAAGGAACAGAAAGCUCACUGCCACCGCAGUGCUCAGAUUUAUAUAUGAAAUAUAAAUAUUCCUUUGCAUCAGUAUAUAUAUUUUCUCCUUCCACAUCACAUGGGACUUUUAGGAAUCAAGUGAAACUGCACCUGGAAAGGAGAACAGUUGUCUUGUUUUAAAGUUGUUGUUUUUUUGUUUUUUUUUCUCUUUUUUUUGUUUUUUUUUGUAUUAUUAUUUUUUUUUAGAAAAGGGGAUGCUAGAAUUAAUGGGUUGGGCUUAAUUAAUUUUAAUUUUAUUUUAAUUUUUGGUUGAGUUGGGUGUGUGGCGGGGGUUCCAUUUUUUUUCAUUUCCAAACUUAAGAAGCCUGCAUUUACCAUUACUUUAGUUCAAUGCCAACAAAUCAUGAACAUGAUUUCUUUUUAUUAAUCUGAGAAAAAUGACCAGAGCAAUGAUUUGAAUUUGAACAUUUUUCAGUUGGAAAGAACCCGUGACCUUCAUCUUCUGUUUUUUAAAUUGACAUUUUAUCAUCUCUCUUCUCCAUUUUGCCAAGCCUCUUCGACUCCCCCUCUACCUCCAGUAAAAAGACAUCAUGGCACUAUUACGUUUCUCAUCACCCGCCUGUGCUUUUCAGUAAAUGCAAAAGCAACCAGCCACAAACUUGGACUGUACAACAUUUGCCAUACUCUGCAGUCUUACUGUGAUGAGCCUUUUCUUCAAACUUUUUUUUUUUUUUUUAAUAUAUGUUUUUUUUUUACUAAUGAUAGUACCAUCAUGGCAGAAAGUUCUGAAAUCGUCUGCACAGGAAGCCCUGUGGCCCUGGUGCCGUUGUGCAGGAAGUGGCCCUUCUGGCUCCUGCCCCACGGGCUCCUGCCUUCCCUGGUGUCUUAACGUGCCCAUCUGCCAUCCUGUCCAGCGGUGAGCGGCCCUCAGACCCCGGUACCACGGGGCCUGGUUUGGAGGGGCACACUCCGGCCCUCUCAUACACUCCCCUGUACACAGCUGUGCCGGGCGCUCAACACCCAGGCCGUUUGCUCCUUGGCUGGAUGUGCGGACGGUGCUAACACCAGGGAGGGCGUGCCAAACCCAACGGACAACAGAACAGAGACGGCGAAAGGUUUGUGUCUGACCUGAAGCUCCUGGGGUCUUAUUUUUGGUCAAUUGUUUUCCACAAGGAUUCGUCAGACCCCCGUUGUGUGGAAUCACUCCCUCACCUCACUCGUCCUCUUCACACAAGGUUGUAUCGCUCUCCCUUAAGAUCGGGAGACCGCAGCUGUGGGGAGAGAUGCAACCGCACUUGAUGGGAAUAGUUACUGUCCUUCUGUCCAACCAGCAGUGUGCACCGUACCUGUCCGUCACUGCAAAGGCAGGGUGACUGGGCGGGGCUUGGCUGGUUCAGAGCAGCACGUGCAUUCAAUACCACAGCUUCUCACCGACCUGGCUCGUCAGGAGCUGAAGGGAUCCUUUUCAUUUCUAUUAAUAUGUGUAUGUAUAUAUAAAUAUAUUUGUGUAUGUGUGUAUAUUUAAUAUAUAGGUAUAUACAUACAUAUUUGACACACACAUAUAUAAACAUGCAUGUACAUGUAGGAUGCUAUUGUGUACAUGCUUGUGCGUCUGUGUGUGUAUUGGUUGAACCAUUCUUUCUCAGCUGUGGUUUUGCUGUACACUGGAGAACUAAGAUGUAUUAUUCUUUAUUUCCCUUUAUGAAUUAAAUCGAUAAUAAACAUUUUAAAAGAAUUAACAUUUGACACGGA